UAAUUCACAUAUUCUCGAUCUUUCAUACAACAAGCGUGGCGGAUUCACACAGCAUUAGCAGGCUGCUGAAAAGAAUUCGAUUUAUAGAUAUACAAAUUUUAGAAAAGUGUAAUUCCUAGAAGCGUACCGAAAAAGUGUACAUAUAUACAUAUAUAUAUAUAGUUAUUUCAAUAGACACUAAUAACCUCGAACUUCUGCUAUCAAAGUUAAAAAACAAAUUAAAAAAAAGAGUAGAAAAAGAUGGUCAAAGAAACCGGGUACUAUGAUCUGCUGUGCGUGAAGCCGAAUGCAACGCCCGAGGAGCUGAAGAAGGCAUACAGAAAACUGGCACUCAAAUACCAUCCCGACAAGAAUCCCAAUGAGGGCGAGAAAUUCAAGGCCAUCUCGCAAGCGUACGAGGUGCUCUCCGAUGCGAACAAGCGUCAGGUGUACGACGAUGGCGGUGAGGCGGCCAUCAAGAAGGGUGGUGCCGAUUCCGGUGAUUUCCGGAAUCCGAUGGACUUCUUUGAGAAGUUCUUCGGUGCCGGUUUCGGUGGCGGCGGCAGCGGCAGCGGACGUCGUCGUGAACGACGCGGCAAAGAUGUCGUCCAUCAGAUGUCCGUGCAGCUGGAUGAGCUGUACAAUGGGGCAACCCGCAAGCUGCAGCUGCAGAAGAAUGUAAUCUGUGACAAGUGUGAGGGACGCGGCGGCAAGAAGGGCAGCAUCGAGAAGUGUGUCCAGUGCCGUGGCAAUGGCGUCGAGACGCGCAUCCAACAAAUUGCGCCCGGCAUCGUGCAACACAUCGAGCAGGUGUGCCGAAAAUGUUCCGGCACCGGUGAGACCAUACAGGACAAGGACCGUUGCAAGAACUGCAACGGACGGAAGACGGUGCGCGAGCGUAAGGUUCUCGAGGUUCACAUCGAGAAGGGCAUGCGGGAUGGCCAAAAGAUAGUAUUUACGGGCGAGGGCGAUCAUGAGCCUGAAUCUCAACCGGGUGAUAUCAUCAUAUUGUUGGACGAAAAGGAGCACUCGACGUUCGUGCACGCCGGCAUGGAUCUGAUGAUGAAGAUGCCAUUGCAGCUGGUAGAGGCGCUGUGCGGAUUCCAGCGCAUUGUCAAGACAAUGGAUGAUCGCGAUCUGCUGGUGUCCACACAGCCCGGCGAAGUUAUACGGCACGAGAUGACCAAGAGCAUCGCCGAUGAGGGCAUGCCCAUAUUCAAGAAUCCCAUGGAGAAGGGUACACUUAUCAUACAGUUUGAGGUUAUUUUCCCCGAUGUAAUCAAUCCAUCAGUUAUACCGACGCUCAAGCAGUGCCUGCCACCGGUGCCAGAGAUUGACAUUCCAAUUGAUGCGGAGUCCACCGUUUUGGAGGACUAUGAUCCCAAGCAGCGACGCCAGCAACACCAGCGAAUGGCGUACGAUGAGGACGAGGGUGGUUUCUCGGAUGGACCGCGCGUUCAGCAAUGCACAUCUAGUUAAGCGGACUACUAAACUUAACAACAACAAAACAGCAGCAACAACUAUAAUAAUCUACCACAACCAAGAAACAAAAAGCAACCCAACAACUACAACUACAACCAACCAAAAGCAACCCAUGCGACGAUAUUUGUAGUGGGUCCGCUCGCUCUGCAUAAUAAUAUUGUAACCUAAAUCAAAUCAGUCUAGAAACACACACACACUGCAUCUUAAAAUAAUAGCUCCCGAAACAAGAACUUUGUUAGCACACAGACACUCACAAACGAAGAAGAAAAACCAACACACACAACAAAGAUCGUAUCAUGAUUGAUAUGAGAAUGCAAAUUUAAAGUUAUACGGCUUUCGAUCGGAGCUGCUUUUCAGAUCACGAGAUAUGCAAACUAAGAAUAUUUUAGGUAUAUACAAAAUAAUACUUAUCAAAAUAUGCACUACAUUUUUAACGCGUGGUUCAUACAAAAAAAACAACUACAUAAGUACAUUGUUUAUUCCGGUUUAUGUUAAGUUGGAAGAGUUUUACCAAUGGUGGAGAGGAGGGGAAAACCAACCCUUCCCCGUUUGAAAAUGUUUAAAUCAGUUGCCACUAGAACCGCAUAAUUGAAAUGUCCGCGAGCGAGAACGCGUCUAGGAACAAGUUUAAGUUAUUUAAUUCCAGCCUAAAUAAAUAAAAGCGUUAGUUUAAAACGGA